AUGUCUGGCAAAGUGGCUCUUCCAAAGGCAAUGACCAUUGCUGGCAGUGAUAGCGGAGGUGGGGCUGGUAUCCAAGCUGAUAUCAAGACGCUCACUUCUCUUCACGUUUAUGCUACUUCGGUGAUAACCUCUGUUACCUCUCAAAACACUCUAUGCGUGGAUGGUAUUCAUGAUAUCCCAGCUGAAUUCGUAGCAAAGCAAAUUACCGCUGUCUUGAGCGACAUUGGCUCGGAUGCUAUCAAAAUUGGCAUGCUCUCAUCAGCUGAAAUCAUCAACGCUGUUGCAGCUACCUUGAAGCAGUUUCCCGAGCAAUCUCGCCACGUUGUAGUGGAUCCAGUCAUGAUCUCGACCAGUGGAUCCCGUCUCUUGGCUGCUGAUGCCAUUCAAGCUUUAGUUCAAGAGUUGCUACCCAUCACCUAUGUUUUGACGCCAAAUGUCCCAGAGGCAGAGAUCCUGUUGGACCUGAAACCCGGUUCCAUCAAAUCUGUGAAGGAUAUGCGUGAAGCAGCUCAACGAUUAACCAAUUUCGGCCCCAAAUACAUCUUGUUGAAGGGUGGACAUUUGCCUUUGAAAACAGCCAAGGGUAAGGAUCAGGUCGUUGAUGUUAUUUAUAGCGCUACCAAUGGUACCUGGUAUGAGAUUGCAAACGACUAUGUGGAUACCAAGAAUACGCAUGGUACUGGUUGCACACUUUCAGCCGCUUUAGCCGGUGAACUAGCAAAGGGUGUCUCGGUUGAGACGGCCUGUGAAAAUGCUGUUGAAUAUGUCAAGAUAGCCAUAGCACAAACACUAGGUGGUAUUGGCGCUGGCAAUGGCCCUAUCAAUCAUUUUCAUCCUUUAAAAUGGUCUCCUUAUGAAGGAAAACCUUUGAUUGUAGCUAUCAAAGAAAUGCUUCCCGAGGAUCUUUGGACUGAUUUCAUUGAUCAUCCUUUUGUCCGUGGCAUUGCAGACGGUACUCUUCCAGUGGAAUCCUUCACUUACUACCUCAAGCAAGACUAUCUUUACCUGCAACACUAUGCUCGCGCUGCCUCUCUUGCUGCGUAUAAAUCCGGCACCAUGGAGGAUAUUGCAGCAAAUGCUGCUAUCGUUGUUCAUAUUGCCAAAGAGUCUCAGCUUCAUUUAGAUUACUGCAGUAGAUGGGGGAUCACAAAGGAAGAUGUACUCAACACACCUGAAAGCGUCUUCAACUCUGCCUACACCCGUUAUGUUCUGGACAAAGGCACAUCCGGUGAUAUAUUGGAUUUAAAAGCUGCCAUGGCACCCUGUUUAAUCGGCUAUGGUGAGAUUGGUGUCAAAUUGUACAAUGACCCUGAUACCAAGAGAGAGGGCAACCCUUACUGGGACUGGAUCUGCCAAUAUGCAGCCGAUGAUUAUCAACAAGCCGUUAUUGCAGGCAUUGCUGAGAUAGAAGAGUUGGGUAAGCAUUUCAUUUCAUCCUCUGCUUCUCGCUUCCAAGAAGUGUGCAAAACUUUUGAGCAGGCAACUCGUUUGGAAGUGAUGUUCUGGGAAAUGGGCCAAAAGCUUUGUUAG